AUUACAUACAAACAAAUGCAUUUAUUCAUAAAGGACCUAUAAUAGGUUAAGAUAUGAUUUUAUUCGUUUUUUAUUCUUUUUUAUUCUUUUUAUAAACAUAAUAAAAAAAAAUGAGUGUUGAUAGUAUAUAUCGUCAUACCAUUGUAGAUAAGUUGGUCCCUAUACUUAAAGCAAAAGGCAACAGACCUUAUUUUAUAAGUUUAGCUGUUGUCUGUGUUGUAGUUCAACAAUUAUAUUCUUUUUUUGUUAUACCAAAAUAUCUUCGUCGUUUCCCAAAUGUGUCCAUACUUUCUUUUGCUAAAUCAUUUUAUGCAAAAGAAUCGGUUGCGAAUCGUACCAAAAGACUAAUUACACCAUUAACGAAUGCAGGACAUGAUUUCUAUGUUUGUAAAAUUCCAAGCACUUGGACUAUCUAUAUAACAAACCCUAUAGCUGCAAAACAAUUGCUAUUAAAAACAGAUAAUUUUCCAAAGUCCAUUGAACUCUUUAACAUGCUGGAUGAAUCAAAUCCGUUUAUACAAUUUCUUGGAACUUCGAACGUUGCUAUAUCAAACGGAGAAGCCUGGAAAAAUCAGCGAAAAAUCAUGAAUCCUGCUUUUCAUCGUGCAAUGCCUGUUGAGGUCUUUGCAAGUAUUAUGCCCGAUUUAUUCAAGCUAAUAGAUCAAGACAGUGACAAUGUACCUAUCACUAAUUAUAUGAAAUCGUUUACCUUAGAUGCCUUAGGUUUAUCUGUUUUUGGUUUUAAUUUUCAGUCUUUGAAAGGUGACCCUGAAGGCUGGACAAAGAUAUAUAAUUUAGUUGUAGCUAAUUUGUUUUCUCCUUGGGUAAAUAUAUUUGGUAAAAUCGAUUUCUUAAUGAAAUACGUUUCGUCUACAAGGAGGAAAGGUAUCAAAGCUACAAAUACAUUUAAUAAAAUGUUGGAAAACUUGGCAGAGAACAGAAGACAAGAGAUUCGAAAUGGAAAACGAGUGAAUAUACCAGAGAAUGAAAAAGAUUUACUUACUCUUAUGAUUGAAGCAGAGAUUCAAAAUAAUUUAGAAUUUUCAAUAAAGGAAUUAAGACAAAAUCUUGCUCUCUUUUUCUUGGCUGGUCAUGAUACAACAGCUAACGCACUUACAUUUUGCUUUUAUAACCUUGCUAAAAAUAAGCAUGUACAGAGAAAAUUACGUAAGGAAAUUUUAUCUAUUCUUGGCGAUGAACCUGAAGAUGUUAAUCCUACUAUCGAACAAUUGAAGCAAAUGAGUUAUUUAACGAUGGUCAUUAAAGAGAAUCUUCGCUUAAGUGGUCCUGUAGAUAGAUUAUUAUCAAGAGAAGCAUUAUCUGAUACUAAUUUAGCAGGCACUAUCAUGCCUAAAGGAACCAAGAUAGCUAUCGAUAUUUAUGCUAUUCAUAUGAACCCCAAGAUUUGGCAAAAUCCAGAGAGCUUUAUUCCUGAACGCUUUGAAGAAGGAGGUGAGCAUGAGAGUCAUGUAGGAUUGACUUGGAUUCCAUUUAGUAAUGGAUCUCGUCAAUGCUUGGGUAUGAAUUUUAGCUUAGUUGAACAAAGAACUGUAUUAUCUAUGAUAUUAAAAAGAUAUGAAGUUGACAUAUCAAAAGACUCAGUUCAUUAUAAUAACAUAGUUUACGAUAAAUCAUUGAAUUUUGCCCCUCAAUCACUCAAUUUGAUAUUUACUAAGCGUUAUUAAAUCAUAUAUAAACAAUAAAAUACCUACAUUUUCUUCCAAUAUGAUGAUAG